AUGUUCUCCAUUGUUUCUAGGGUCAGUCGACCUUCUAUACUUAAACCUGGUUUGAAUUUUCAUGCAAGAACGCUACGCUUGCUUCCAGAUUGGUCAAAGUACAAGCUUAUUGAACAGCCACCAGGAUACAUUGUUGAAACCGUUAAUGAGGCUUACAAACCACCAUUACCUAACGCUUACGAUGGCUCAUAUCACUGGACUUAUGAUAGAAUUAUAUCGAUAGCAAUGGUGCCCCUUGUGAUGACCCCUUUUGUUGCUGGUGUUGAGUUCCCAGUCAUUGAUGCUACAUUCUCAGUGUUGACGUUGUUUCACUGUCACGCUGGUUUCAAGAGUUGUAUAAUAGACUAUAUUCCAAAAAGGGUUUAUAAUGCUUGGUACGGAGUUGCUACUAAAUUGUUGACUUUUGGUACUUGUGUUGCCAUGUAUGGAAUCUACGUGAUGGAGACUACAAGCAACGGAUUAUUCGAUGUAGUGAAAAGUCUAUGGAUGGCUUAA